UGUUUUGGAUUUUGACGGUAUAAUUUAAAAAAAUUUAACAAUUCGACGUUAGUUUUGAGUAGUUUAUAAAGAAAUUCGAAUGCAAAAUGAAGCUGUUACCAGUACUAACCAACUCUACGGGUCAAUUCAAAGAAAUUCCGAAGCACCAAAACAAGAUUUUAGCUAAUCUCGGUGCCCCACAUGUUGAAUCGUUUAACUACAUGCUAGAGGAGGGGAUUGAUGAUAUGAUCCGCAAUUUAGAACCGGUAGAGUUUGAGCUACCCAAUAAAAAUCGAGUUCGGUUACGUAUCACUAGCUGUUCCAUUGCGAAACCGACCGUUCCGAUUAGUCAGCUUAACGUUCGCGAGAAACGAAUUUUUCCCUCCGAAUGCCGACAGAGGAGUGAAAAUUAUUCCGGAAUGUGCACAAUUACCAUCGAUUGGGAAGUAGAUGGACAACCGAGGCCACCGAUAACACGGGAUGUAGGUCCAUUGCCGAUAAUGUUGAGAUCAAAAGCCUGCAAUCUAGAUGGAAUGAGCCCGCAGGAACUGGUGGAAAGAGGAGAGCAUGAAGAUGAAUGGGGUGGUCAUUUCAUUGUACACGGACUAGAGAAACUAAUCCGAAUGUUGAUCAUGACCAGGAGGAAUUUUCCCAUCGCUCUAAACCGGAACUCUUGGAAGGACCGCGGAAAAGAUUUCAGCAGCACCGGUAUUAUAAUCCGAUGCGUGCGGACUGAUCAAACUUCCACGCAAAAUGUUCUUCACUAUUUGAACAAUGGAACUGCAAAAUUGAUGUUUUCAAUUCGGAAAUCUUUGACAUUUGUUCCGAUUGUUAUGUUGUUAAAAGCUUUUUCCAAUUUUGCUGAUAACGCGAUCUUCGAAAAAUUGACGGCAGGCUAUGAAGAUGACCAAUAUUACAAACACUGCAUUCAAAACAUGUUACGCGAACUACACGAAGAGGGCAUCCACAGUCAAGAGGAAUGCAAAAAUUAUAUAGGAAAUGUAUUUCGUCAAAAGCUUUACUUUCUCCCACCUUGGUAUAGCAACAAGGAAAUUGCAGACUACAUGCUGAAAACGUGUGUGCUGAUCCACUUAGAUAACGACGUGGACAAGUUUAACCUGCUAGUGUUUAUGAUGCAGAAAUUGUUCACAGCUGCACAAGGUCGUUGCAAAACGGAAGGUGCCGACAGCACCAUGAUGCAGGAACUGCUUCUAGGAGGGCAUCUCUACCAGAAGUUGCUGCGAGAACAUUUCAGCAUGUUUCUGAACGGAAUGAAGUUCAAUAUAAUGAAACUUUGCAGCGAUGCUGACGAACACAUAACGCAAAACGAUGUAGUGAUGGCUUGUAAAAAUACAGCUAAUUUCGAUCGGUCUUUUGGGAACUUUUUGGCUACAGGAAAUUUACCGAAAGCCAAAGAAAUGGGUCUUAUGCAGGACUCUGGACUGGUAAUUGUUGCAGAAAACAUCAAUCGCAUGAGGUACAUGUCACAUUUUCGAGCUGUCCAUCGCGGAUCAUUUUUCGUUACAAUGAGAACAACCGAAGCAAGACAGUUACUGCCAGAUGCAUGGGGAUUUAUUUGUCCAGUUCACACUCCAGAUGGAACUCCAUGCGGUCUGUUGAAUCAUCUUACCUCUGACUGUCUUGUUUCGGGCAGUCCUGAUCCCGUGAAGGUGUGUAAUAUUGAAAAAUACCUCGUCCAAUUUGGAAUGCUCCCUGUGAAUAGUUUAUCUUGCUAUGCAGGACCGAUCAAAAAUACGUAUCCCGUCAUGCUGGAAGGUAGAAUAAUUGGAAAUAUUCCGCACAGCAUUGCUGCUCAAGCUGUACAUAAGCUGCGUCUGAUGAAAAUUCAAGGCACGGACAUCCCUGAAUCCACGGAAAUUGUAAUGAUUCCGCUAAAAGAAGGCGGACAGUAUCCAGGUUUGUACAUUUUUGUUGGAGCUGCUCGGAUGGUACGACCGGUAAUGAAUCUUAGUGCGAAGGCGGUCGAACUGGUCGGGGCUUUUGAGCAAGUCUACAUGGACAUUUGCAUCACGCCGGACGAAGCCUAUCCGGGAGUAACCACCCAUAUGGAACUAUCGAAGACCUCCUUUCUUAGCAACUUGGCCAAGCUCAUCCCUAUGCCUGAUUGUAACCAGUCACCUCGGAACAUGUACCAGUGCCAGAUGGGGAAACAAACUAUGGGAACUCCUUGUCACAACUGGCAGUUGCAGUGCAUUGCAAAGUUUUACCGGCUGCAAACACCAGCAACUCCUUUGUUUCGCCCGGUCCAUCACGACAAUAUAGAUUUGGACAACUAUGCGAUGGGAACAAAUGCGGUCGUAGCCGUCAUUUCGUAUACAGGUUACGAUAUGGAAGAUGCUAUGAUUAUUAAUAAGUCGGCGUUCGAACGAGGUUUUGCACAUGGCACGGUCUACAAAAACGAACUAAUAGAGCUGAAAGGAGAUAGCUUUUUUGCUCGUGAUCCACACAAUGAACAUCUGAAGUCUCAACUAGAUAAUGACGGUCUGCCCUAUCGAAGUGCACUGUUGACUUACAAAAAUCCACUUUAUUGCUACUUUGACACUGAUGAUCAUACUUAUCAUGUGGUAAAGUUCGAUGGCCACGAAGAAGCGAUUGUGGACAACAUUAAACUAUGUGGAUCCAUCUCGGGUAGUGCGUCAAAGCGGGCUGUCAUCACAUAUCGAAUCGUUCGAAAUCCAAAUGUUGGCGAUAAAUUUGCGUCUCGAGCCGGGCAAAAGGGUAUCUGUUCACAAAAAUGGCCCGCGAUAGAUCUUCCAUUUACCGAGUCUGGUAUGAUUCCCGAUAUCAUCUUUAACCCGCAUGGAUUUCCGUCACGAAUGACAAUCGCCAUGAUGAUUGAAACUAUGGCCGGAAAAACAGCCGCAUCCCACGGUCUAGUGCAUGAUGCAACGCCAUUCCGUUUUAACGAAAAUAACACCGCAAUCGACUACUUUGGCCGUUUACUGGAAGCCAGCGGUUACAACUACUUUGGAACCGAGCGGAUGUACAGCGGUGUUGAUGGACGUGAAAUGAAGGCGGACAUUUUCUUCGGAAUUGUGCAUUACCAACGUCUGCGUCACAUGGUUUCCGAUAAAUGGCAAGUUCGCUCUACUGGUCCGUUGGAUCAACUUACGCAUCAGCCGAACAAAGGUCGUUCUCGCGGUGGAGGCGUUCGUUUCGGCGAAAUGGAACGAGACGCUCUAAUUGCUCACGGUGCUUCCUUUCUGCUGCAGGAUCGUCUCUUCCAUGGUUCAGAUAAAAUCACUACCUUGGUUUGUAGAGGUUGUGGAACAUUGCUUGGUCCCAUCAGCAGCAUUACGAAAAAGGUAUCGUCAAAUGCGGCGGAAACACAGCGAAUGCCUGCCACUUGUCGACUGUGCCAGAAUGAUAAGGAAAUUGGCUAUGUAGAAAUACCGUACAUUUUUAGGUUUCUAGUCUCGCAGCUAACGGCUAUGAAUAUCAAUGUGAAACUGGAACUAGCAACGCCGCACGUUUGAAAAA